GGAAAGCUCGGUGUUGUUUGCUUCUAUCUGGUCUUCCCUGGGGGUCUCAUCCAGCCAGACCCCCACAUGCUUAUUACCAUAGCCCCGUGUGAUUGGAGCAGAGGGAAGGGGGCGUGGUGUGAGUGCAAGCUCCUUGCCCAGUUGAUGUUUUGGGCAGGGAGAUGGCUUGCUGCUAUCCAUAGACACUGGCACUUCUCAAAGUGUCUCCAAAGUGGCCACCUGCUCCCCCUCCCCGCGGGCCAUGGCUGACUAGCCCCCAGCAGAGGAGACAGCCUGUGCCCCAUACCCCAUGCCUGUGUGGGCACUGAGUGCAUGUGGGCUCCCAGGGGACACAGCAGGGCCAGUUCCUGUGGCUCCCACUUGCUCCACCUCCAGGCUGUGUCUGUGGCUAUGAAGCACCAUGGUCUGGUGUGAUCGUGGGGUCCAGAUGCUGCUGACCACAGUGGGGGCUUUUGCAGCCUUCAGCCUGAUGACCAUAGCCAUUGGCACGGACUACUGGCUGUACUCCCGGGCUCACAUCUGUAACGGGACCAACAUCAGUAUGGAGGACACCCAGAGCCAGCCCAAAAAGACCAAGGGGGACCUCACCCACUCCGGACUCUGGAGGAUCUGCUGCAUUGAAGGUAAAGGCAGGAGAUGGCUUUGUGUGUGUCUGAGUGUGACAUGUGGUUGCCUAGCAACCUGCUGGGAGAGUUACAGUAACACCUGGACAGGACAACUACCUGUGGUACCUACCUGGGGAGGGAGAGGGGACAUCUCGGUCACCCCAAUAUCCUGCUACUGGGUAACACGUUUCAAUGAGAAUACAGGUCUCUCCUCUGGGAUCAGGGCUAGAAACCAAGUGUCUGGAUUUUCUAUAAUAAAUAUAUUCAUAAAAUAAAUGUCUGUAUAUUUUAUAUCAAAUUUUUAUAUUACCUCUCCACUACAACAUCCCUUUAUGGCAGAGCAGUGCAUUUUAUUUUAGUAAAGUAUAAGGUGCAGCCGUGUGAUUAUAGCGAACGGUGGGGAGCACUCUGAGUAUUACAGAUAAGUAUUGCGUGCACCUCUUCAGUAGAGAUAAAUUUGGGGAGCACUUCCUUUCUUAUAGUGGAGUUUGGGGUGCAGCCCUUUAAGGCAGACGAUGUGCCAGGAUUUUAUAGGAUUUGUCCUGAAGGGAAGAGAUAAGUAUUAGAGUGCUUCCUCUCCCAUAGAGAAUAUUGGGGUGCUCCUGCUUUCUUAUCGUGCAGUGUGAUGUAGGAGCUGGGGGGCACCCUCUCAUUAUAUCGCGGUAGGUGCUGGGUGGUCGCUGUCCCCAGCCUGUGGUGCUGAAUGUGGCUCCAGUGCCAAUCAGAACUGGAGCAAUCUGCUCUCACAUGGAGUCUGAAUAAUUGAAUUCCCAUUAUUUAUGAUUUGCCUCACAAUAUACAACUAGUCUGACUGUGUGCCAGGGAGCAGGGGGCACAGGGCUCCUUAAACUCCACCUUCCACUGAGCCACAGGUCUGACCCAGGAUUCUAUAAUGGAACCAAGGGAAUGGAUACUAUACAAGGUGUGGGAGCUUCAUAUACAUGGUGUACUUGUUGUAUACAUUGUUAUUUUACUAUACACAAAACCAUGAACAUACUGUGUACGUGUAGUAUAUAGACUGGGUGUAUAUAUACAGACGGUUUGUGUGCACGAGUUUGCAUGAAUUAUAUGUUAUACACACACUGUGUUUUUAACAAAAGAUCCAGUUUUGGCUAAUGACAAUAUGUAGCAUACAUUACAUAAUGACUGGUUUGCAAUCUCACAUAUCGUUCUAUUUGUUAAAUUAUGCUCCCGUACAACAACACACAAGGAAUCAUUUUAGAGCACUAACAAGGUCAUAUGGCAAAUCUAUGAGGGAAGGGGAGACUGUGUAGAAGAGCUUGCAAUUCAAUAGUCCAGCACUGCAGCUUUACAUCAGAUUUAUAAUGUAGGCUUUCUAGGAAACAAUAGAUUCUAAAAGUAUGUUUGAUUUUAAACCAGAUAACUGUGUCACAAUGAACUAAACAUUGAAGAACCAUUGAUCUCACACAUAGCUUAGAUUAGAAAGUUUCCUUAUCUUUAACUCCAUUCCCUCAUUGCCUAAAUGUAUCAGGUCAGGAAUCCCCAGGUGCAAUUAUUUUGUGUUUGGGUAGACAGGAUAGUUUAAUUUAUAUUCUAAUCAUUUCCUGGCAACAAAGUGCUGUAAAUCCCAUUUUAUGACCUAUUGCUGCAUGGCUUCUGUGCCUGGGGGAGCAGCAAUAAGCUCAUAGUAUUAUUAGUUUUUGGAUGAAAUAUAAUUUGGGUUCCUGUAAUUUUAAAGUGUGAAAUUGAUGUGUCUUGUCAUUCAGGCUGGGGGAAGCCAUUUGCUAACCAUUUCUCAUCUUGAAAAAUUCUUGAGAAGUACAGAGAGUCCUAUGUGUAUCUGCAAAUACCUUCCCCCAGCUCAGCUUACACAAAAGAACAUGAAAUUUCAAAUGUUUUGAGUUCUGCUAAAGUAUUGGAUGUUUUUAUAACUAAUAACACAGUUGCAUGAAAUAAUACAUGCGCUGUACAACUACUGUACCUCUUCUCUAUUCAAAGCACUGAGUCACUUGAUAACAAAAUAUACAUUGUAUAACUUGUGCGCUUCCUGUGCCACCCCUAUACAGUAAUGUAACCUGUUAAGUGCUAGGUACACCAGUUAAAGGGACACUCCAGAUUCCUAAGGCACUUUAGCUUCUUGAAAACCUUUGUGUGUGAAGAAUGUGUGCGCUUUGUUUAUCUUGGGAAAAGGGCAGAUUUUAGAAAUGUACACUUUUAUAAAUUAACCUGGUUACAUCCCCCUGGCUUUUCAAACAGACAACAGGUCAUGUUACUUCCUGGUUUGGUUAGCUUAUUUGCACUGAACUCAAGAGGCAGCAAUUGCCCAGAGCAUCUGCCUUGCAAAGACUUCUUGUUGAGCUGCAUUGGGAAGCCUGUGAUUGGACAGACAUAGAAAAUAUGGGCGGGAUUAGAAGGGGAGGGCUUGCAAAGGCAGCACACAAGAGACCUGCAGUUUUUAUAAGCUGUUUUUAUAUAUAACUCCAAUGAAAAAAUGCAUAAUUAAAUGCUUGCAAGCUUUCCUUUGGGGUUUAUCUACUCCAUAGGGAUUAUUUUGUAUUUGGGCAGUGGAGUGUCCCUUUAAGAUGAAAGAAAUAAAAUAUACAUUCACUCUAUACCUACUGAACUUAAAAAGGACAGCUGUCACUUCAAAAAAUAUUUUUAAUAUAAUAAUCAUUUUAUCAUAUUGAAAGAAAAGAUUUUUUUAAAAAUGAAGUCCAAGAAAAAAAAAGUGUUCGGAAAAAAAAAAAGAUCAAAACUCAUCACUACCUUUAGUUUAGGAACAGGCCCAUCAGCCAGAUACAUGCACCUAGGGUCAGACAUUGUUUGAAAUCCGACCGUUAAUCUUUAUGGUUUCCCAUGUUUCACUCCAUGCACAGAACCAGAGAAGACCAUAGAGAGUAACAGUCGGCGAACUAUGCCCACCCAGCACAGCGUGAGCACAUUAUUAGCCUAACCCCCCAACAUUCCACAUGCAGAAAGAGGGACACCUUCGUUAUAGGGGUGUGAGUGGGUGUGGCUAUGGGCAGGGCUGUUCUGAGACAUUUUAGGUGUUUUACUAAUAACAAAUUACCUGAAUCAAAUGUAAUUUAUAACAAGAACAAUGUAUCUUUUUUACACAGAUUGAUUUCUAAACACAUUUAUGGUAGUUUAAAGAUACAUUACUGGCAGUAUUAUUGCUGUGGAGCUCUGUGAUACACUCAGACACACCAAAAAUAUGGAGCUCCUAGAAAAGAAGGACAGAAGUGUUUGGGCUAAAAUGGGGACUGUUCCUCCUAAAUAGGGACACUUAGGUGGGAUGCAUUAGACAAGCUUGCACACCAUGCAGAAAACCCAGUAUGGGGCUGGCUGGGAGUCUGUUAGUCUAGUGUGUGUUCACCCUAGGCCCAUGUCCCUUUUGUGGGCAGCACCCCCUUUCCAGGUGGGUCCGUCCAUUAUGGGGAUGAGUAGUGAUGCAAGCUGCUUCACUGGCACCCCUCCCCCCCCAGGGCCCAUAUACACUGUCCUAAUCUCUGUACCCCCUUCUACUGCAAUGUAACCUGUAAAGCACUAAUUACACCUGUAAGCACCACAUAUAUAAAAUAUACACACACUGUAUUCCUGUUGCACUUACUAUAUAUAUAUGUGUGUGUGUAUAUAUAUAUAUAUACACAGUUGCAAGAAAAAGUAUGUGAACCCUUUGGAAUGAUAUGGAUUUCUGCACAAAAUGGUCAUAAAAUGUGAUCUGAUCAUCAUCUAAGUCACAACAAUAGACAAUCACAGUCUGCUUAAACUAAUAACACACAAAGAAUGAAAUGUUGCCAUGUUUUUAUUGAACACACAAUGUAAACAUUCACAGUGCAGGUGGAAAAAGUAUGUGAACCCUUGGAUUUAAUAACUGGUUGAACCUCCUUUGGCAGCAAUAACUUCAACCAAACGUUUCCUGUAGUUGCAGAUCAGUUUCAGUUCAGCAAUAUUCUUGGGAUGUCUGGUGUGAAUCGCUUUCUUGAGGUCAUGCCACAGCAUCUCAAUCGGGUUGAGGUCAGGACUCUGACUGGGCCACUUCAGAAGGCCUAUUUUAUUUAUUUUGCUUUGGGUCAUUGUCCUGUUGCAACACCCAUCUUCUGUUGAGCUUCAGCUGGUAGACAGAUGGCCUUAAGUUUUCCUGCAAAAUGUCUUGAUAAACUUGGGAAUUCAUUUUUCCUUUGAUGAUAGCAAUCCGUCCAGGCCCUGACGCAGCAAAGCAGCCCCAAACCAUGAUGCCCCCACCACCAUACUUCACAGUUGGGAUGAGGUUUUGAUGUUGGUGUGCUGUGCCUUUUUUUCGCCACACAUAGUGUUGUGUGUUUCUUCCAAACAACUCAACUUUAGUUUUAUCUGUCCACAGAAUAUUUUGCCAGUACUGCUGUGGAACAUCCAGGUGCUCUUGUGCAAACUGUAAACGUGCAGCAAUGUUUUGUUUGGACAGCAGUGGCUUCCUCUGUGGUAUCCUCCCAUGAAAUCCAUUCUUGUUUAGUGUUUUACGUAUUGUAGAUUCGCUAACAGGGAUGUUAGCAUUUGCCAGUGACUUUUGAAACUCUUUAACUGACACUCUAGGAUUCUUCUUCACCUCAUUGAGCAGUCUGCGCUGUGCUCUUGCAGUCAACUUUACAGGAUAGCCACUCCUAGGGAGAGUAGCAGCAGUGCUGAACUUUCUCCAUUUAUAGACAAUUUGUCUUACCGUGGACUGAUGAACAGCAAGGCUUUUGGAGAUACUUUUAUAACCCUUUCCAGCUUUAUGCAAGUCAUAAAUUCUUAAUCGUAGGUCUUCUGAGAGCUCUUUUGUGCGAGGCAUCAUUCACAUCAGGCAAAGCUUCUUGUGAAAAGCAAACCCAGAACUGGUGUGUGUUUUUUAUAGGGCAGGGCAGCUGUAACCAACACCUCUAAUCUCACCUCAUUGAUUGGACUCCAGUUGGCGGACAUCUCACUCCAAUUAGCUCUUGGAGAUGUCAUUAGUCUAGGGGUUUCACAUACUUUUUCCACCUGCACUGUGAAUGUUCACAUGGUGUGUUCAAUAAAAACAUGGCAACAUUGUCAUGAUUCCCUUUUAUUCCAGAAGUUUGGUCCUUAAGGGGUUAAGCAGACUUAUAUGAUGAUUAGAUCACAUUUUAUGACCAAUUUGUGCAGAAAUAAAUAUCAUUCCAAAGGGUUCACAUACGUUUUCUUGCAACUGUAUAUAUAUAUAUAUAUACACACACACACACACACACACGGGUGUAACAGGGGUGUCCUCUAUUACCUACUCUAUAUUUGCUUAGCUCAGAUUCUCGAUUAGCACCUUACCCUUACUCUUUCAUACACAUUCCUGAAAGCAACACCAUUCACUUACCUUCUGGCUUGGGACAGUAUGCAACAGGUGACUUAAUACAGACAAUAUCACGUAGAGGAAUUCUCACCAUCUGUGUAAAAUUCAAACUCCCUGGCUGACCUAUUUCAUUUGGCCUGCCUAAUUACCCACUUGUCUUGGAUAUUGAUUCACAUGUACGUUUUGAUAGAUUAGAUGGUUGGACAGACACGUACUUACUACUCCUUACUGAAGAUCGUCAGCAGUCCACCUAACAAUAUUAAAGAACCUUCCAACAGUGAAACAGCAACAGAGUCAGGCAACAAAUGUAUUUGUCCAUUGAGAGUGUUCGAUAAAACACUUUAAUGGUGCCUCUUAGAAUGGCAAACUAAACGUACAUUUGAUGCAAUUUAAAAGAAAACGAAGUUCUAUACAUAAUGUGGGAAAUCCGUUUCUACAUUGUCACAAUUAUACAAUGACAUUUUAAAAUCUAGGAUGUGUCCAAAAUGGUCACUCUUUUCUUUGAGACGAUGAGUUUAGAGAUUGUCCCAUUACUGACCAGCAUGUGAUCGUUUGACUGGACACAAGACAGACUGGGAGUCCCACAGCAUCUUUUAAUUUAUCAAAAACUUCUACUGAAUUUCAUGAAGAGUUGGAGCUUCUAAUUAAUACUGGGGCUUCUGAGAUAAGUUAUUCUAUGAAGAUAUAACCAUUGAAACCACUGGAAUCCACUUUCGGAUUGCCCCAAAAUUGCUCUCUGUAGGUUAGAUUAUGGGAGUUAGAUUAAAUUGAGGCUUAUUUACUAAACUGGAAAAUGUGCAGAAGCAGUAACAAAUGAAUGGCACAUUUUAUGUAGUUUUCCUACUUAGGCUAUUUUGGGAUACAAUGGUCGAUUCCUAUGUCAACCCUCUGGUUUAAUCAGUACCCAAAAGUAUUAAAGGUCACCUCAAAGCUAUGGGGGGGGGGGGAGUAAUCAUUAAGACACAAAAGGCAUAAGGAAAGGCUUACUGUAAGAAAAAAAAUUAAUGGCAGUGCCACUUUAGAGGACAACCGUCUCCUCAAAAAUCCUUCUUUCUUUUUUAAUAUAAUAAUCCUUUAAUCAAGUCUUUUAGGUGUUAGUUGUUCUUUAAGAGGGAAUUUGCUAUAAAAUGGUUUAUGGGGAGAUUAAUUGGUCCGUGAGGAUGACAGAGCAACAUUUGUUGUGUUUCUUUCUCCGAUUAACAACGGAGAACACUGUAUAAUAACACUCACUGUUAAUUGAUUAAUUACAAGAUAAUUAGAAAGGUCAUAAAACCUCAGACUGUAUUAUGGGCAAGUCAGAUGAUAAUCCCAUUCUGAAUAGCAACCUGUUAUUAACGUGUUCAUAUGUAUUACUUGGGCUGUAGCCUUACACACAUUAAACAUUCCAUAGAGCCGUAGCAGCCAGCAUGUUGGUUUGCAGUAGUUAUUUGAGGACCACAGCUCCUGCAUUGCUCAGCCAGCCAUAGAAAACUUUGCGUUUUCCUUUUACCAUGAAAUGCUGAGUGUCUCGGGGCUCGAAGAUCAGUAUCUCCUGAUCAUUAACCAAGAUCUAGUCUACACAAUAUUUGAUUAGUUGAUUAAUCUAAACUUGUAACGAUACUUUCUGCUGGUGGAAGCACCUCUCCCUGCUGCAUGUCGAGAACCAUAUGCCCUUUGCGGCGCCAUGUUCUUGCCCUGAAUUCAGAGCACUGAACGAGGGAGGAAGAGCAGUCUGAGUAAAAUCCCAGGCGAUAGGAAACAUAUCAGUUCAGCAUUGAGAGCUCCUCUGGCUGAUUGGGUUGCCAUGACUUCAGUCUCAAAGCUGCGCUAACAAACUAAUUGAAUCAACCGGUAUAUGAAGCUGAAUUAACGAGAAAAGGUCUGAUGAUUAAGAUACUUGCUGCCCGGCGUCUUUCUCUGAAAUCAGCCGGGCACUGGGUUCAAUAAUGUGUUCAUCAGAAUGCUUUGAGAAACAUUAAAUUAACUUUUAUUAAAAUCCCUCUUUUUGGGAAUGAGACACUAAAAUGAUGCAGAUUCACAUACAGCAUUUUUUUUUUUAAAGGGGCAACACAAGAUUUAAGACAGUGGUAAUAGCUUCCUUUGGCACACCAAAUGUUUGUAAACAGUAUUUAUUAAAGGCUGGCUGAGCACCAUGACAGACACACAGGGUCUCUGUUGGAAUGUUUGUGGUCCAAUACAAAAAUCACUGACCAGAUCCUCUGACACACUCCCACACACAUUGCAAGAUAACCACCGCCUAAGACACAGACGGACACACACUGCCAGAUACACACUCCCAGAGACACGUAUAGAUAGACACAUACUGAAAGACACAGACAUAUACUGUCAGAUACACACUCCCAGAGACACGUAUAGAUAGACACAUACUGAAAGACACAGACAUAUACUGUCAGAUAUACAGCUCCAGACACAUUCAGACACACAACAGAGUCACAUAUAGACACACAAUGCCAGAGACCCAAUGCCACAGACACACAAUGCCAGAGAACCAACACCACAAACACGUACAGACACACACUGCGAGAUUACCACCGGCAGACACAUACAGACACACAACACCAGAGUCACAUGCAGACACACACUGCCAGAUAACCAACGCCACAUACACACACUGCCAUAUAACCACCAGCAUAGUCACAUACAGACACACACUUCAAGAUAACCACCGCUACAGAGGCAUUCUGACACACACUGCCAGAUAACCAGAGACACACAACACCAGAGUCACAUAAAUACAGGCACUGACUGAUAGCCACUGCCGCAGACACAUACGGACACACACUGCCAGAUAACCAACGCCACAGACACACACUGCCAGAUAAUUACCAGCACAGUCACAUACAGACACACACUGCAAGAUAACCAUAGACACAUACAGACACACUGCUAGAUAACCACAGACACAUAUAGACACACACUGCCAGAUAACCACAGACACAUAUAGACACACACUGCCAGAUAACCAACCAUAGAAACAUAAAGACACACAACACCAGAGUCACAUAUAGACACACACUGCAAGAUAUACACCAGCAGAGUCACAUACAGGCACACAAUGCAGGAUAACCACAGACACCCUCCGAGAGACACAUAUAGGUACACACACACACACACACACACAAACGGCCAUAUACAGAUUGACAGACACAGAGACACUGCCAGAAAUACACAGUUGGAGUCAGAUAUACACUGCCAUAAACACACACUUUUACACAAGACCAAUCUUGGUUUUAGCCACGCUUCUGUUUGCCUCAGGAAGGUGGCUUUCUUGGAGUCUACGGGGAAACAGGCCGAACAUUUUCUGCGGUCUAUUCCAUUCACUCCUGUACAGCUUCCUACAUGCGCUGGAACUGACAUCACAUCCUUCCCUGUGACAAUGAAAGGCAAGUCGUCAAUUACAGGGCUCAAAGAUGCAAUGUGACCAUGUGGGCCCCAGAGUAUGUCCGGGCCCCUUAUAGCAGCCCCAAAGAGUUUAUAAACUAAACUGGGAAGGAUGGACAUGCCAGUUACAUAUCUGCUAUAGUGGUGUGUGUGUAUAAUUGCUAUUAACGUAACAAAUGGGUCCAUGGAAUGAUUUAACAGCCGACAUUACAGCACAGUGUGUUUAAUAAGAGCUGCCAACAUAUAGAUAUGUCAUUUGUGUUCUGUGUUCCAAAGGGCUUACAGUUAUGUGUGAGAAAGCUGAACACACUCCCACAGAUGUGACAUGCUGAUAUAGGUCAGUAAGACCAGUUGCAAAGGUAACAGUUUAUUUGUAAAUGUGAAUUAUUACAAUCAUUUUUUAGUCUGCUUAAAGGGACACUUUGUCUUCCAUGUUAAAAUUAGUGUAGAACCCACCGAUAUUGGGGUACUGUGGCGUAGUGGUGGGCUUAACACAACAUGGUGGAACUGAAUCCCCAUAUUUGUUUGCUGAGACAGGUGAUUGAUUUUUUUAUUUAUUUGUAUUUUAUUAGAAAUAUUCACACAAAUUACAACUGGUUCGUGUUAUAGUAGAUAUUAAAUAUGACAAUUUAACAGCUUGCACUGGUUCAUUAUAUGGUAGUUGUGAAAACAACAAUUGACCUAUUAUACAACUAUUGGUGUAAAAUGAAAGACCGCGGUCUGUGUUUACAGUUAAGGGCUUGGUGCAUUGGACUGUCUGUCAGCUCGUGUGAUGCUAGUGUAUCUGUGUGGUGUGUGCCAACAUGGUAGUGCUGCUAUCCAUCUCGCUGUCGGGGCUCCCUAUUCGUGUUUACUGUCUUGGUUAUGUAGAUAUGUAGUUUGCCAUCUUUUAUGUGUGUGUCUUUUAUGUGUGUGUAGACAUGCCGGCAACGGAUCAUGGGCCCUACUGUAUCAACUGGGUUACUAAGUGUGGCUUGAAACCUUUUUGUCUGAGUUUGUCUUCUCAUGGGUUUGGGACCCUGUGGCCUUUGCCCUAUGGUUGGGUCUUGGCUCCUCUGUGUUAGUAGCCCCAACGUUCAGUCUCUGCAGAAAUGCCUUUGUGUCUUCUGAUGGAGUCAAGGUCUAGGGUCCCCGUGGUACUAUUAGUGAUCCAUCCCCCCCAGUGGUACCGGAUCAUUGCAUCUCUGAGUUGCUUGGCGGUGGGGGCGAGGUGUCUCUUUGCUGCCAAUACUCCGAAUGGUAAGUCACCAUGUAUGGACACAGAGCCGCCUUCAUAAUUGACCGUUCUGAGGGCUCUGGAUCUUGGCAUAAUGGUGGUUCUUACUGCAAUAUCUCUGGUGGUGGCGAUCACAUCUCUCGGUACUCCGUGUGGGGCAGUCGCGACUUUGCAGAUUCUAAAGGCCGCGAGUAUUAGGUCCUUGGCGUAGUUUCUGGCGAGAAGUGAUGACACCACCCCCUGAAUGUGAGGGAGUAGGGCCUCCUCCCCAACCCUUUCUGGCACUCCUAUCACCCGUACAUUCUUCCAUCUGUGCCUCGUUUCCAAAGUAGUCACAGAUUGUGAGAGGUCUCUGAGUUGCUGGGUCAGUUCUUCCACUUGUCGCUGGGUGGUGAGUAUUUGCUUCUCAUGGGUGCUGUCCUUAUUUUGUACCUCCGCGAUUUUGUGUAUUCCAGUUUGCACCACUUUCAUAUCUGCUUUCCAGACCUUGCGGAUCUCUUGGAUGAGGUCUUUCAUGUCUCCUUUGGUGACCGGUGAGGAAUCCUCUUCUGAUUCUAUGUCUGAUACCUGGUCAUCCGACUCUAGGGUUGUGAGUAGCUCCCGGUCGUCUUGGGAUGCCUCAGAGUUUUCCUCCAUACCGGUUUGGUUUCAGAACUCCUUAGACACACGUCCUGCCGGUCACACCCCCAGAAUCCUCGACACAGGUGAUUUUAAGUAGCCUUAUGCAAUUCUAUUUUUGUGUGUGAGCAGUUUCUUAAUCGUAAUUUUGUAUAAAUUUUGGUCUUUACGGCAGCAUCACUGCUGAGUAAUGUAUGUUGCAGGUGGUCCCCCCUUUGCCCCCAAUUCCCUGUUUUUUGUAGUAAUUUAUCUUUAAACUACAGUAAAUGUAUUUAGAAAUCAGUCUGUAAAUAAGAUACAUUGACAUUUUAGUUGUAGAAAGUGUUAUUAUUUCUCAGGACAGCCCCGCCCCUGGCCACCCCCCCACCCCUAAAAUUAAAGUGUCCAAUCAUUGAAUUCACGCCAGGCUUCCUUCCAAUCAAGCAGGUGACCCCACUGAUGGCAGGUCAAGGGAGGCAGUAUUGUUUCAGGCGAUCUGCAGGAUCCUAGUGCCCCGAGUUUAGUGCAAGCAUGUCUAAUAACGCGCUUGUGGAAACCCUUUUUUGGGGAUAUUUUCCUGCUGUCUGCAAAAACAGGACACCAGGGAACAAACCUGUAAUAGGAUACUGAAAUCAGGACUGUCCUGCUGAAAUUGGGAUGAUUGGGAGGGCUGUUUUCAAACAAUUUUAGCUCAUCUACAGUUACAGGUCUCUGCAUCAGGAAGAAGUGUCAGGAUCCAGCUUGUGGUAUCUACAAGACUAACAUUUAGGAUACAAUCGCUCUAGAACAUAACAUUAUGGGGGGAGGGGGCAAUAAAAUGGCAUAAUUAGGAAAAUUAGUUUUUGGCGUAUUUAAAAGAAAAUGUCCAUUGAGACCAUAAAAGCCUCUGGUUCAGAAGUAUUAGCUCAAAAGGCCUAAUGUCUUCAAUGCAUCCCCAGAUACAGAUGGAUUAGGAGAAAGUGAUUUAUUAAAAAGGGUUUAAUCCGAUUUCCUUUCAGAUGCUUUCUUACGAAAGCCUUUGUAAUGUCCCUGCUCACCGCCGGGUCUGUUUGAAGGCAAUUCUGUGUUUUAAUGGCUGUAGCCGAGGUAUAGAGUCCUCCAUCUUGCGUGAAAUACUUUCAUUCUGAAAUGGUGUUAUACCUGUAAUAAGUGCGCAGUAGAUUCACUAAUUAUCCUGACUGUUGGAGCCAAUCAACUUAGCCGCUUCUUCUGUAAACAGGUACACAAGGCCAAUCAGACAUUAAAAAAAUAUAUAUAUAUUCAGGUAUAUAACUGCCUUAACUGUGACCUACAUGAGACUGACAUACAUGAAACACACAGAACAAAUACAUGUCAUGUCUGAUAUUUUCACAAGGCAACGAUUUCUUCCGCACUAGGGUUGUCUAAUGAACCCCAAAGGCCGAUUAUAUGCUGCUUCUUAAACAGCCCCCAGACCUCUAGUAGAAAAAAAAAUAUAAAGAUAGUUUUUCUUAAAAUCCAUCAUUCAUUUAAUAGCAUCCAGCCUCUAAAUCUAUGAUCUGGUAUGAUUUGGGUAUGGACAAGGAGACUUGAACACAGAUAUUUUAAUGAAGGCUGGAGAAAGUGUGGGAUGUUUUUAGUGUUGGGAAAUAUUCUUGAUGAAUACCAAUAUGGCUCCAACAUGUUGGGUGGCGCUGCACAACAUGCAGUAAUUAGUAAUAUAGUAAAAUUAACCCCUUAAGGACCAAACUUCUGGAAUAAAAGUGAAACAUGACAUGUCACACAUGUCAUGUGUCCUUAAGGGGUUAAAGGAACAGUUCGGGCAACAUAACAAUGUCAUCGAACUUCAGUUGUUAUGGUUCCAGGAAGUCCCUAGCGCUUCCUUACCAGUAGGGUUUAAACGGUUCAUGAAUCGUUUAACAGUAAAGUCCUUCCGCUUCGGGUAAUUCUUCAUAAUGGAAGGCUCGGAGAACAUCAGGCAGAGGCACCGCUAUAAGUCAAGGAAUAGCUCUCCAUUCAUAAAAACAGCUUUAAAAUGUACACAAAUGUUUCAAGUCAGUUCUAUUAAUGGGGAGCCACUUAUUGGCUUAGAGCGUCAGUUGACCACCCUAAGUCAAUCAGCAGUGCCACUGCCCGACCCCAUUGUGAAGAAUUUCCCAAAGUACAAACUUUGUGGUUAAAUCGUUUGUGAAUUGUUUGUGAAAGGAAGUGCCAAGGACACCCUGGCAGUAUAACAACUUAAUUUAGAAAAAGUCAUGGUGCCCUAAAAGUGUUCAUUUAAGACACACCGAGGGAUGUAUAUACUUUCCUAUUUCUGUGUUUUUAUUAAGGAAUUUUAAUUUCCAUAAUGCAUCCUCCUGCCAAGACGCACACGCACCCGGGCCAGCUACCUGAUCCAAAAGAAAACAUGUAGCGCUUCUUUAAUAAAUCAAUAGGUUAUCACCUUUUGGCAGUUUAAGAGGAGUUGUUCACCUGAAUAUCAAGCAGGUAGGUAUCUAUAAAAGACAAUCAAAUAUAGUGUAGACAGUAUAUAACUAAAUAGUAUUUAAAUCAGAAAUUGCUGUAUAAACUCACAAACGGAGAGCUAUAGACCCAGCUCUGGUAUGAAUCGCUUUUGGGUCUGUUUAGGCGACCCACCCCUGUUGAUGCUGUAAAUCUUGUCCUGAAGGGGGGGAUAAAAAGAAGAAAGGAUUGCGCAGUACUGCUACUAAUAUUAAAUUAAAUAGAAAAAUUCCCAAAUGGGUACUUACAAGCCUAGAGUCAAAUAAUAUGACUCAAUUCACAUGUGCUCAAUACCAGAACGCAUUUCGCCACUUCAAAUACGGUAUUUAAACACGAACUGGGAACCAGGGGACAUUGAAUUUACUUAUCCGGUUGAAAAAGCCACGGUGAAGUGGCGAAACGCGUUCUGGUAUUGAGCACAUUGUUGCUUUUUUAUUUUGUGUACAUUGUUGCAAUAAAUAUAGUUUUUAUCUUAUCCUUUGAUCCUGGUUCCUGGAUACAUCUUUUAUGGAUGGGAGUGCAGUCCCAAAUCUGCACAACACUUGUGAAUUGAGUCAUAUUAUUUGACUCUAGGCUUGUAAGUACCCAUUUGGGAAUUUUUCUAUUUAAUUUAAUAUUAGUAGCAGUACUGCGCAAUCAUUUCUGCUUUUUAUCCCCCCCUUCAGGACAAGAUUUACAGCAUCAACAGCGGUGGGUCGCCUAAACGGACCCAAAAGCGAUUCAUACCAGAGCUGGGUCUAUAGCUCUCCGUUUGUAAGUUUAUACAGCAAUUUCUGAUUUAAAUACUAUUUAGUUAUAUACUGUCUAUACUAUAUUUGAUUGUCUUUUAUAGAUACCUACCUGCUUGAUAUUCAGGUGAACAACUCCUCUUAAACUGCCAAAAGGUGAUAACCUAUUGAUUUAUUAUAGAAGCGCUACAUUCUUUUUUGGUUUUCUAUAUUAGGUUUGUGAUGUUGGAAGGUAUUGCAUGAAUGUAUAGCAGCUAGUUUCAUUUCAUCCUUACAUACCGAUACAUUAAAAUCUGGCUAAAUAAGCGCUGGUCCUUAUCCAUUUCUCUGUACCCUCUAAAAGAGAACAUGAUUCAUCAGACCAGGCACUCUGCUUCCAUGGUGUAGUUCUGACACUCAUGUCCCCAUUGAAGGUACUUUUGGCAGUGUUCAGGGGUCAUCAUGAACACUCUGACCGGUCUGCGACUAUGCAGCCCUAAUACGCAGCAAACUGCAAUGCAACUUUCUAUCAGCAUUACAUUUUUUCAGAAAUUUGAGCUACAGCUCUUCUGUGUGAUUCGACCAGACUGACUAGCCUUUGCUCUUCCUGUGCAUCAAUGAGCCUUGGACGCCCAUGACUGACGCUAGUUCAUUGGUUGUCCUUCCAUGCACCACUUUUUGUAGGUUAUAACCGCUGCCCACCGGGAAUACACCAUAACACUUGGCCCUUGUCAUUCAGAUCUUUUCGAUUGCCCAUUUUAUCUGCUUCCAACACAUGAAAGUCAAGAACCGACUGUUCACCUGCUGCCUAAUAUAUCCCACCCCUUGACAGGUGCCAUUGUAACGCUAUAAUCAAUGUUAUUCACUUUAUCUGUCAGUGGUUUUAGUGUUGUGGCUGAUCAGUAUAUAACUACAAAGGAAGAGGAUGGAGAGACAGGGGCGAGAAGCGUAUAACCUGUAAAGAAGGUGGCCAAAAACUACCAGACUUCUAAUUGAUGCUUCUGAAGGGUAUACAGUUCUUCAUAGAGUUCCAUUCUAGCAAAAAUACUCAAGCAGGGUUAUAUUAUAUACUAAAAUGUGAAUUGUCAGUAAAUCCAAGUUAAUUUCAGAUAUAAUUCCAUAAUAGCCAAACUGAAAACGUGACUGACAUCAGAUUGGUUAUUUGGCCUAUCACUUGAAAAUCCUGACAAUUCACAUUUUACUGAAUAACUCAUUAUCCAGGAAGUCCAAGGACACAUCUUGAAGACAGAAUAAAGAAUUAAAUAACACCAUUAAACACCAAUUUAUAAACCAAAUAAUUAUUUUUUAAAAAUCAGGUGGUUUCCUAAACAAAUAAGAUAGAAGACUUUUCUCACCAGCUGAACUUGAUGGACCCAUGUCUCUUUUCAGCCUAUGUAAUAUGCACACAGACAGUAAGUAGUUAACAGCAGGAGGUGACCAUGGUCAUUUUUUGGCUGUAAGAAGCAAUUGCGUAGGGCACUAGGCCUCUGCAUGAAACCUCAGUGGAAAAAAAACAUGUCAAUCUACAUACACAUUGAGCCAAUAAUGACCUAGAAUGAUCCAGAAUAACCAAGACUUCUUCAAAUGCUCCAAAUUUUACUCUCAUCUAUAACUUAUUAGGAUGAAAAGAAGAAAAAUAAAUGUCUCCAAUUUAACCAGGAACUGUGAGUAGUUGCAAUUUUUGCUAAUAAUUCAAGCACCCCCGUAGUUUACUGGCAAGAAAUGAACAUUGAGUAACCAGCAUGACCAAGUUUCCCAUCUCCCCGCUCUAGCCGAACAUUAUGGAGGAUAGAUCAUCGCCUUCUCCUGGAGCAGUGCAGUGAAACAUCUCAUAUUAUCAGACAGCGCUGUGUCCGCCAGUUCGCCACGCUGUACGGAUAUGCUUUAUUCAUGCGACUCGCUCUUUUUCUUGGCUCAUUGCGAGGCUGGCUCCAAGUCUUCAAGUAGACGGAUGGGGUGACGGUGGGGGGUUGUUUGUCAGACGAAUGUAUUUUUAUUCAGGUUUUGCAUCAAAUGAUUUCUCUAAAUAUUUAAAGCUUUCUGGUAACCAAAUAAAUUCACUUCUACACCAACGUGUUGGGAAAUCUGACAUGACUAAAAGGAUUUGAAGUAUGAAAAACGAUGCCUUUUAAAAAGGAUUUAGCUCUCAUUUUGACUUAAAAAUUUAGAUUUUUUUUUUCAUUUAGGACAUUAACAAUUGUGCUGGUUUUUGCGCCACUGUGUGACAGGACUGCUUUGAUAUGCAAGCUUUUCCUGUGGUUCUGUCACCGAAAAUAUUCUUUUUAAAACAAUACUACCAACAGAAAAACACUAUUCCCAUCUGACCAACCAUUAGUGAGUAUAUCUGUAAUUAGCGCGUGAAGAUCCGGCAGUGUUACAGUGUGGCCAUGGCAGUUUAUGAAUCACAACAGUGACAUAGUGACAGAUAUUGAUUAAAAAAGAACUGCUAAGAGCAUGUGAUACUAGCUGCCAAUCAGAAAAUUAGAUUCUAACAGACUAGCUGUUUAGUUCCCAGAAUUCCACUGCGCAGGGAAGCGGAAACGUUUUUUCUUAUUUUUAACUAUCGUAAAGGGUUACACCAACCAAAAAACUGUGGUUAUGGUUAGAGUAACCCUUGCUGUGCUGGACUGCCAACACUCCCCCCGUUCUUCCUGCAGCCCGAAUCUUUUCAGCUGAAGUCACUACCUCUUGUUGGUAAAGGAGAGUCUGAUGUCACCGAAGAUGGACUGAUGGACCCACAGAGGGUGGAGCCAACCCACCACUGGAUGCCUGUCGCUGACAUCAGAAUCCAAUCUGCACAGAAUUAACAUUGCACACCCAGAUCUCUUUUUCUGGACUGGCUAAUUGCGCCACAUUGACGUUGCUGGAGAUGACAUUACACCUGUGGUAACUCUGUAUUCAUAGCAAAAUGCAGCACGUACAGACUCCAGGCAUCAUGACCACUUCAAAUAACUGAAGUGGUCAUGGUGCUUGGAUCAAUUCUUUAAUAUAAGAAUUGAUCCCAUCCCUUUACCCCUUUUCUACUCAUGCCAUCAUUUCUAAUUUUACUUGCAUUAUUCUCUGUCCAGUAAAAUAAAAAAAAAACAAAAAAAACUGCUUAACCCCUUAUGGACACAACUUCUGGAAUAAAAGGGAAUCAUGACGGAAUAUUUCCGUAACGUGUCCUUAAGGGGUUAAAUAAAGAUUUUCAUAAACAAACAAAACAAAACUAAUCUAAAUUGGAAUAGCUGCGACUGUCCUGGGUAUGAAAGAGACAGACACAGAUAAACUAACAUAAAAUAACAAUCAGCGAGGGACAAGGUGAAGAGGGCUUCCUCUGAUUGUGAGACAUAUCUGGUAGUCAACCUAUGGCACUCCAGAUGUUAUGGACUACAUCUUCCAUGAGGCUGCCUACUCCUGGCCUAGAUGAACAUAAUAAUAAUAAUCAUAAUAAUAAUAAUAAUAAUAAUAAUAAUAGAUAGUAUUGAUAGUUAUCUUAGCUAACGUGUAUAGAAUUCAGUAACAAUGAGUGUACGGUUACCCUAGCUACAAAGUACUUUUCAGUGAGCAUCAAGCAUGCCCCAUAAAUGACGAUAAAAUUCAGCUAUUCUGCUUUUCAAAUUCGUAAUCAUUUUGUGAAUGUUUGGGAUGAAACCGUUUCAUAGUAACCUGAACUGACAGCUAUUAAAAUCUGUGUUAAACCCAACGAAUUGCAAUAUGGUUGUGAUAUUGUUUCCUAUAAUAAAAACACAAUGUUACAGCCAAAAAACAAAACAAAAAAGUUUGUCUCAAAAGAAUUAUUGAUGGGGUGCUUGAACAAAAUAUGGUGAUAAAAAAUCCUAAAAAAACCCCACACAAACAAAAUGUACCGUAAUCCUUACUCGUUGCACGUUCAAUCUAUUACUGAAAAAGCGGGUCUCAAUUCUUUUGUGCUAAAAUAUGGAAUGCAGAAGGGAGGCAUUGCAGGAGGGAGGUUUUGGGGGCCUGACGCCCCGGUCGUGUUAGAUCUUUACAGGUGGUAUACUUUUUUGAUACUGAUUCUUAAAGCAGUCACCUGAUAUAACAAAUAUCAAUAUUACAGAGCUAUAGUGCUCCUCCAGGCUACUAAGGUGAAGGGGCUGGUCUUCCCAGGUGACAGGCAGAAAGGGUGAACUGGGCAGAGUGUCUUGUCUGUACGCCUUCUCCAAUUAGUAUUGCGACAAGACAGGAUUACAUUUAAUACUUAGCAAUGCAGCAUGCUGGUACAUGGAAAUCACAUAGUUGGCAAGGUGUGCGUACGAGCCCUUGGUUAGGGGUCUUCAAGUUUUGCUUUGGGGCUUCAGGGCCAGGAAUUUGUGGAAGCUGAAACACUCCUGAAUGCCACUAAAAUAUAUCAAGCGUUGUUUGAGGGGUGCUGCACUGACACUGCACUCCAACAAAAGCAAUUCCUACAUCAUUCCUAAGGGGGCGCAUAUUCAGCAUUGCUGUUCGGAUUAGCACCAGAUGUAAUUUAAGAUUUAAGAGUUGGGGGACUUCGGGCUAGGGGGAUAUUGCAAUCAGAAUGCAGGCAAUGUUUAAGAGUGAUGUGAUUUGCAGUCCAAAAAAAGUUAGUCACUGUGCUUCACCUCCACACUGUAACAAACAUGCUGUUCUGAUAUGUGUCAUUAUAAAUCAAUGUAUCGAUACAUCGCCGUUAUAGCAUCCCUACAAAGAGGAUCACCAUUUAAAAGCCAACGUUUUUACAGUUAAUCCUAAAAUACAGGUCAGAAUGGUUUUGGCACUUUACUUUCUGUGGACCAUGCUUCCCAAAAUGAAUGGCUAGCGUUGCAUCAUGGGAAAUGUCACCCACCACAGCUGUAAUAUGAAAAGGUUAGCCAUGAUAGAUAUAGGAGAUGAAGGGACAUGACGAGAGGAUAACCGAAGGCAUCUACGAACAUUAAAAAAAAAGCCUAAAUCAUCGCUCCUAGUGGUAUUAAGGUCCCCGAAAGAACAGGCCAGCAGCCUUCAGGAAACGCCAUGAUUAUGUGGUGUAGCUAUCAGCUCCCAGAAACAUUUAAUAAUAAAAACUGGUGUCAGUUCAAUUCCAUUGUAUGAAUGGGAAUCAAUCGCAUACAUUAAUGCAGAAAGCCCCCAGAAUGGCAGGUCCCCCCCAGAGCACAUGACUGAACAAUAAAGAUGUCAAAAACGAACCCCGGGGCAUUCUGUGAAUCUAAUAUACACCGCCAGUCCUGUUGUCGUGGAAGAAAUGCAUGGUUUUGUGUUGUGGGUUUUUUGUUUUUUUUAUUAAGGACCUGAGGGAUUAGGCGGCCUUGUUUAUUGGUAUUAUGACAUCUCCUUCACUCGCGUCUAUCAAACGAUGGAGGAUCACAUAAUUGCUUUGAAAAAAAAUAAAAAUCAAAUGCUGGUGCAAUUAGAGCGAAUGUAUGUGGGAGCGAGGGGUGGGUGUGUACGCCUGUUUGUAAACCACAGCUAAAUAAUUUAUAAUAUUCCUUACCAAUAAGCAAUACACACAGAUUGCUUUUUAUGUUUUUAUUUAGUUUUUUUUUUUACAUUUGCUGCUGGUGAAUAAUUGUGAAUUUGAACUGGAAACGAGAAGAGCAUUGAACGAAAUGCCGUCAAGAAAUGAUCAGUCUAUAAUGUUAAUGGUAGGUGUAUUUUAACAGUGGGAGACAGAAUUAUAAAUAAAAAUUCAGAAAAACGCAUGUCAAAAAAGUUAUACAUUAUUUGCAUUUCACUGAGUGAAAUAAGUAUUUGAUCCCCUAUCAAUCAGCAAGAUUUCUGGCUCCCAGGUGUCUUUUAUACAGGUAACGAGCUGAGAUUAAUAGCACUCUCUUAAAGGAUUGUUCAGCUCAUUACCUGUAUAAAAGACACCUGUCCACAGAAGCAUUCAAUCAAAUUCUAAACUCUCCACCAUGGCCAACACUAAAGAGCUGUCCAAUGAUGUCAGGGGCAAGAUUGUAGACCUACACAAGGCUGGAAUGGAAGAACUGAAAUCCUGCAGUGCCCGCAAAGUCCCCCUGCGCAAGAAAGCACAUGUACAGGCCGUCUGAAGUUUGCCAGUGAACAUCUGAAUGAUUCAGAGGAGAACUGGGUGAAAAUGUUUUGUCAGAUAAGACAAAAAUCGAGCUCUUUGGCAUCAACUCAACUUGCCGUGUUUGGAGGAGGAGGAAUGCUGCCUAUGACCCCAAGAACACCAUUCUCACCGUCAAACAUGAAGGUGGAAACAUUAUGCUUUGGUGGUGUUUUUCUGCUAAGGAGGCAGGACAACUGCACCGCAUCUAAUGGACGAUGGACAAGGCCAUGUACUGUCAAAUCUGGGGUGAGAACCUCCUUUCCUCAGCCAGGGCAUUGAAAAUUGGGUCGUGGAUGGGUAUUGCAGCAUGACAGUGACCCAAAAUACACAGCCAAGGAAACAAAGGAGUGGCUCAAUAAGAAGCAUAGUAAGGUCCUGGAGUGGCCUAGUCAGCCUCCAGAACUUAAUCCCAUAAAAAAUCUGUGGAGAGAGCUAAAGGUUUGAGUUGCCAAACGUCAGCCUCGAAACCUUAAUGACGUGGAGAGGAUUUGCAAAGAGGAGUGGGACAAAAUCCCUCCUGAGAUUUGUGCAAACCUGGUGGCCAGCUACAAUCUGAACUCUGUGAUUGCCAGCAAGUAAUAAGUCGAAGGGGUCAAAUACUUAUUUCAUUCAUUGACAUGCAAAUCAAUUUAUAACUUUUUUGACAUGCGUUUUUCUGGAUUUUGUUUUGGUUAUCCUGUCUCUCACUGUUAAAAUACACCUACCAUUAAAAUUAUAGACUGAUCAUUUCUUUGUCAGUGGAUAAACAUUCAAAAAUCAGCAGGGGGUCAAAUACUUUCCCCCCCUCACUGUACAUUAACAUUUUUGGAUGCAAUUGAGUGAUUUUAAGCAAUAUAUUCACUAAACUCUCAACUGAAUUAAAUUUAAACCCAAAUGGCAAAAUGUACGCUAAAACAGCUGAUCUGGAAGCUGCCUAUUUAAUCCUAAUUUUUGCCUUUUGGAUUUCAGUUUGCUAACUUUAGAGUUCCUAUUCUUUUGAUCUCCUUUCUGUAUUGUAAAAUAACCGUGCACUUUGUACGUUACUGUAGAAUAUUUUCAGAAACUAUGUAUACUUUUAUCUCAGUAUGCCCUGGGGUGAUAAAGGUACAAGGUUUGAUAUUUACAACAAAUAAAUAUGGAAUUUGGGGAACAGCGAUUAUUAUUGGUGCGGUUGGACUCAAUAUCUUUUGAGAGAAGUUUUAUGGGUGGUAGUACCACCGUUGUGGAGUUCUGUGGGUGAAUGUGGUGGGCGAGUAUGUGGAGCUUUCAGUCUGCACAAUACAAAGCACUGAGUAAAGUUAUGGAAAUGGACUGACGAUUAUAGGGGUUAACUGGUGCCGGAAUUCUAAUUAUAUUGAAAACACUUAAGGUGUUCAGGUGGAAAUUGAGGUUUAAUUCCAGAGAUGGAUUAAUAUUUCCCAUGUGACUAAAAAAGUGAAAGGUAGGAUGAUAAGACUGUGUAGACAUGCACAGGGGAUGCAGGUAUGCCAAAGAACAGGUCUUGCUUGGUAUUGUAUUUGAAAGACCUCAAAAGAAAUGGCUAAAUUUCCGGAGAAGAAUCAAACCCUCAGUCAUUUUUAAUUUUUUUUUUUUUAAAGACCCAAAUAUCUUUUCUCAGAAUUACGGGUUUAUGCAAAGUAUCCGCUUGUGUCAGUUCUUUUAUACGUGAGAUUUCAGUUCAUCUUAAGAACUGACAUUUCUUAAACCAUCACAGGCUUAACAUCUUAAUUUUUCCCGAAAUGUUAUCUGACAUGCCUGAGUAAGACCGGUGGGGUGCCCAAGCACAUACAGUGCAUCCAUCAUCAAAAGAGAGUAAAAAUAGCUCUCGCUCAGCAAUGCUACCCAGUAUUCUACGUACUUUACACAUAAACCUAGCCCUGCGACUGUGUCAUGGCGCGCAGAAUCAGUCUAAUUGACGUGAUACGAACUGAACUAUCGCAAAUACAGCUGCAGCACAAUAAACCGCCCUUAUCACGGAAAAUAAGAUACUGAAGGGCUAGAACUGUCAGCUUUUCUUGUAAUUCCAAAACAAAAUCGGAAAGGAAAAGUGGAAUAAACAAAUGCACACGAAAGUAGUGAAGACAUACAGCCAGUAGGCCAUGCACUAAUGGACUAAAGUUUGGUUUCAAGUAACUAACCCUUUGGUCUCUGGGCAUCGUGAGAAAUUAAAUUAAGAACAUCUAGGGGCCAAGGGUGGUUAAUACUGAUCUAUACUGGAUACUCCAUUGCCCAAAUACCAAAACAAAAAAAAAGAAUUGCAAACAAAUAAAUCAAUAUUUAGUAGACAUGUCCCUAAUGAAAACAUUAACCUAUUCUGUAAUACAUAUAAUUAAUGAUGUAAACAUUUUGGAGUAUUUUAUUUAUUUAUUUAAUACCACAUUAUCUGAUUGUAGACUUCUGAGACAUGCUAAGUCUGCUCUAACAGGAUUUCUGAGGUCACCCAUUGGCUGUGGGAAAUCACAUCCUGGACAGGGACGGACUGGGAAAAAAAUUCGGCCCGGGCAUUCUUUUAAUCACAGUGGCCGAGGGGGCGAUGACAAACACGACCCCUCUCAAAGUGAGCAUGCUGGUUCAAUGCUCUUCCAGGGCAGACCAUGCGUAGAGCUCUGCUGAAGAGCUCUAGCAUGAGAAAAAGGCCCUGUAUUUGAGAGAGGUGCAAUUUGUGGACACUGGCGGAUCCAGAGUCUUAUCCCGGGAGGGGCACUCAUAGGUUAAAGAAACAAUCCAGGCACAAUAACCACUACAGCUCUCUGUAGUGGUUAUGGUGCCAGGAGUGCCGUGGCACCCUCCCAGAGUAAAUAGUCAAACGGUUUAAGAACAGUUUGACAAUUUACCCGGGAUCUGACAGGAUAGGGGCUGUAGUAGGGGAUAGAGCCUGUAGUAGUGUGUAUGUGUGAGAGUAGGCAGUGUGUGUGUGUGUAUAUGGGAGGCACUGAGUGUGUGAAGGAUGCAGGGUGGGUAUAGGAGACAGUGUGUGAGGGGUGCAGAGUGUGUGUGUAUGGGAGGCAGUGCAUGUGGGCCAGUGUGUGUAGGAGGGGCAGUGUGUAUUUGUGUGAGGGGUGUAGUGUGUGCAUGGGAGUGCAGUGUGUAUAUGUGGGGUGCAGUGGAAGCACUGUGUGUAUGGGGCCAGUGUGUGUAUGAAGGUGUAGUGGGGGCAGUGUGUGUAUGAGAGUGCAGCUGGGGAAGUGUGUGUAUGGGGGUGCAGUGUUUGUGUAUGGGAGCACUCUGUGUAUGUGGGUGUAGAGUGUGUGUGGGGGAGAUGUGUGUGGGGGUGCAGUGCUUGUGUGGGGGUGCACUGUGUGUAUGGUGGUGUAGUGUGUGUGGGGGGGAGAAGUGUGUGAGGGUGUAAUGUUUGUGUGGGAAAGCACUGUGUGUGGGGGUGCAGUGUUUGUAUGGGGAGCACUGUGUGUAUGGGGAGAAGUGUGUGUGUGGGGUUGCAGUGUGUGUGGAGGAGAAGUGUGUGCGUGGGGGUGCAGUGUUUGAGAAGUGUGUGCGUGGAGGUGCAGUGUGUGUGGAGGAGAAGUGUGUGUGUGAGGGUGCAGUGUUUGUAUGGGGAGAUGCGUAUGUGGGGGUGCAGUGUGUGUGUAUGGGGGGCUGUGGGGGCAGUGUGUUUGGUGGAGCAGUGUGUAUGGGGCUGUGGGAGCAGUGUGUGUUUGGGGGCAGGUAUGGGGGGCUGUGGGGCAGUGUGUUUGGUGGGGGCAGUGUGUUUGGUGGUGGGGGCAGUGUGUUUGGUGGGGCAGUGUGUAUGGGUGGCUGUGGGGGCAGUGUGUUUGGUGGGGCAGUGUAAAACAAAUGGUUUGUUUUUUAAUUAAUAAAAUAUCAUUUAUAUCCCCCCUCCCUUCCUACCUUUGCCCAGGGAGGGGGGAUAUCGCUUGUAAUCCCUGGUGGUCCGGUGGAAUCCCUGGCGGUUCUAGUGGGGGAGUGAACUCUAGCCUGCACCUCCUAAGGCUAGGGUUCACUCUCGUGGUAACCACGGCAACGCUCUGUUCUCGCGAGAGGAGACCCGGCAGAGCUGCAGGCUAGAGCUCCUCCCAGGUCUCCUCUCUCCGUGCCGGCUGCCCAGCAAUAUGCCUGCGGACUGAUGAGGGAGAUCUCUGAUCUCCCCUCCGGUCUGUGAAGGCACUUAGCAGGGCCGACGCUUGGAGAGCACUGGCCCUGCAGGAGAGAGCAUCGGCUGAAGGUGAGUAUGAGGGGUGAAGUGUGUGCACGUGAGGGUGCUGUGUGUUUGUGUGUGUGUGAGGGUGAUGUGAGUGAGGGGUGGUGUGUGUGUGUAUGUAUGUGUGUGUGUGAGGGUAAUGUGUGUGUGUGUGUGAGGGAGUGUUGUGUGUGAGGGAGCUGUGUGUGAAGGUAAUGUGUGUGUGAGAGUAAUGAGUGCUGUGUGUGAGGAUGCUGUGUGUGAGGGUGCUGUGUGUGAAUGCUAUGGCUGUGUGUGAGGGUGAUGUGUGUGUAUAUGCUAGGAGGGAUUGUGUGUUGUGUGGGGAAAGGCAGAUUAAUGCCACUAUAUAUGAAUUUAUUUAUUUAAAAAAAAAAAGAAAAGAAAACAAGCGAGAGGGAGCUGUAUGUGUGUGUGUGAGGGUAAUGUCUUUGUGUGUGUGUGUGUGUGAGGGUUGUGUGUGAGGGAGUGUUGUGUGUGAGGGAGCUGUGUGUGUGAGAGUGCUGUGUGUGAGGGUGCUGUGUAUGAGGGUGCUGUGUGUGAGUGCUGUGGCUGUGUGUGUGUUGUGGCUGUGUGUGAGGGUGAUGUGUGUGAGGGUGAUGUGUGUGUAUAUGCUAGGAGGGAUUGUGUGUUGUGGGGGGAAAGGCAGAUUAAUGCCACUAUAUAUGAAUUUAUUUCGUUUAUUUAGUUUAGGUCUUCUCCUGUCUCCCUCCUCAGCUGGCGGCCGCAUGUCUAUGCAAGUGGGCCGUUGAGGGAGAUCUUUGAUUCCCGUCAUGGAAUGCAGCAGGGCCGGCACUCGGAUAGCAUGGGCCCUGCAUGGACUGGCCAGUGAGGUCUGCGGCCCACUGGGCAUUUGCCUGGUGUGCCCAAUGGCCAGUCCGGGCCUGAUCCUGGAUAUCCUAAAGACCAGCCUGUGUAAUCCACUAUCCCCUAGUGCUGUCACUGGGUAACAGCAUCAGGGGGUGGAGUCAGACCUCUGUAAAGUGGCUGUUUACAUGUAUCUAUAAGUUUAUGAUGGUGAAAACAGCAUGCCAUCUGACUGGGUCAGGGGUUGAGUCCAUGGACAGAGCCUGAGACAUAAGAGAGCAGAGUCAGAUUCCAGUGAUAGAGUCAAGUUCCCCCUCAAUGGUUAAACUUCAUCAGCCACCACGGGGGACCAGUUAUCUUAACAGAAAUUUAGGCAGAAUUUGGUCUCCUGAGGGUUGUCGCCAUGCUUUUUCAGUAAACUGUGAAAUGUGGAAACUGGAUAACAUUCAAGCUACAAAUGAGUAAGCGGAGUGCUUAUCUGGAAAUGGGGAGACGAGGGGGAGUGGUGGGAAAGGGUCGGUAGGGAGGAGGAGGUUGAAGGAGGGAAGUGAAGAUUGGGUCAGACAGUUUGUUAUCUAGUCAUUAUUGGAUAGCGGUUUGGUAUGAGGCCAUGGUGGCUGCUGGCAUGAUCGAUAGGGAGCCUUGGACAGGGGUCAUAAAUCUGAGCUCAUGAAUAGUAACCAACAUUGGUAGCAACUGAGUUUACACACUGUUAAUUAACCACAAUAGUAGCACAUGUGACGGUAAUUGUAAAGGGGAUGCCAAUGCUAGAUGUGGGAGGAAACCUUAAUAGAUGUGAGUUAGUAUGUUAAGCAGGUCUCUGAAAAUGUUUACAGAAUGUACGGAUCAUUUAUCACUGUAACUAUGAUUAUUUCUGUUGUAUUUGCUUUACUCUUGAAAUAAAGAUUUAAAAACCAUUUGGGCUACAAAACGUUGAGGGACAAAAGCUAGCUGUGAAUUAACUAGUUCGUGAUUAUACUCUAUAGGGGAUGCCAUGGAUGAUGCUUUUGGCAAAAGUACCAAAACGGAGACCCCAAAAAGUCCUAUAAUUCAUGUAGAGGAAAUCAGAUCCUUGUACGAAGUCCCAAUUAAUUAAACCAGCAACUGUGUAAAAUCAACCAGGAAAUCACAAAAUUGAGUCAGAAUGAUCUAAACCUGAAAAACAGCCUGUGUCAAAUCCGGUUUAUGAUAAAUUCUAAAAAGUGAUAUAGAUCUAAAAACACAUUUAGGGAAUUUAAUCACGAAACCAAGAAUUGUAGAGAAUCAACAGGAGGUCACUGUAACGGACCGUUUUGCACACAAGGGGUAAAAACCGUUUAGGCGAUCGGCCCCCUUUCCAGAGAUACAGGCACAGCUACUGCAGAACACCAAACUCCCAAACUGGAUACAAAAUAGCACUCCAACUCCCGAACUGGAACCUCCCAAAUAGCUGCUAGCAGACGAACAGGAAAAGCAGCUUACACUCCUGGCAAUCAGUCUCUAACAGCAUACAGUGAAUCCCCCCAAGAACGAGACAAGGCUCUGUGUUGAGGGUCAAGCAGUGGUCUGAUGUUUAAUGGCACACACUCUGCUUUUAUGUGAUUCUGCCCAUGCAAGGGAGACACCCACAUAAUUAGCAGUAUAACCAAUCGGAACAAUAUACAUUCAGGGAAAUUCCCAUCCCUCAGAUAAUCACAUAACAUAAUUAAAACAGAACAGUUUUUCCCCAUACCCUGUAACUUUAAAACCAUACAUCCAAUCUUCAUACAAAUUACAUAUUUGGAAUCAAUCCAUUCAGGGGAGCAACAUAUUAAAAAAUGGCACAAAUCAGACAAGGGGUUCAAAAGUUAGUAAAAAGUCCUUUGUGACUAAAUGAAGCAUGGCUUUCUGGCCCAAACCAGUUUCAGAGUCUUCUAUCCUGGAGAGUAAUUCAAUUAUCUCCCAGGACAGACACAAGACUCCAUUAAGCACAUGGUUGCAAAAAGACACAAAACACUUUAAAAUACAUAAAGUCACAUUUAUUACAUAAAACACAGACAUGUAACAUAUCCCCAGAUAGCUCAGGUCCGAGCGCACAUUAUUAAGCGAAUGGCGCUCAGACCACACGAAUACAGUUUAAUCGCCAUGGAGCCAAAGUCUUUACAGUCAGUUUCAUACGAAUGGGCUCCAUGGGAUUCCUAUCUGGGGUAUAACACAUUCAAACAAAUCUACCGAACCCCAGGCAGAAAAGCACGAAUUAAGCUUUUCUGCAGGUAAAAAAGAUGUCUUUUAACAGGGGGCCAUAGUCCAAAGGCAGCAGGCGAGCAACCAGGCUUCUCCAAUGCAAUGUGGCGAGAUUGGUCUCGUCACAGUCACGUUCUAGAAGAAGGUGAUACAAAUAUAUAUAUAUGUCUUUUUUUUUAAUCCAGCUCAGAUUUCUUUGUAAUUUGACUUUUUGUCCUAGAAAUUGCAAUAUUCUUCCAGUUUGUAAAUAUGCCUUAAAUGUCAAAGUUGAAUUUUUGCCUGCUGUGUACCACAGUGAAGAGCAGUGAAUGGAUACACUAGGAUCCAUCAACCUACAUCAUUGCACAAUUCUGACCACGUACCUAAAAGCCUAGAGAGUCUGGGUAUUUGCCUUAAAAGAAAUUGACCAUGCUCCCACAGACAUCAAUGAUUUGGCCCUUCAUUGAACCCUGAGAAUCUGUGUAAACUAAAUUCUGAGAUUCACAGUUUACGUAUGAAUGGGCAUAUUUUAAUCUUGUACAGAUUAUCAGGGUUUCCAAGCGCAUCAGCAGAUUCACUGGGUAAAGUGACAGAUUUCCCACAGAACCAGGUUUGUUCUGGCGACAUUGAGGGAAUGUGCAUAACUCUUAGAGUUCGAAUUAACAGGAAAAUUCACAGAUUAAAGACCUGGGAGUCAGAGGAUUCUCAAAUGUAUUUAUUGAUUUUUUUACAUUUUUUAGUAAGUGAUUUAGCCAAAAGAAAUCCACAAACUACAACGAAUGCUUGCCCGCCCACUCUGAUGCAGGUUUGAGAAGACCCUUAAAAAGGUACCUUGGUUCAAUGUGUCCACAAUAUAGAAUACAGUGAUAGAAAAAGAAUCAUUAAGUGAAAUGACGCCUUCUACACAGAAAUAUGUACUUUGGAGAACUCUAGAACAAUUGUACAUGGUGCACAUUACACUACCUAUGUUGGCAGACCGUUCCAUGUUUCUACUACUACUACCGAUAUCUAGUAUUGUACAAACUUGGAACUCCACGCAUGAUCCAUCAGCUUCCAGUUAAGAACCCCGGUUUCAGAAAGAACGUUGAGUUAUAUUGAAAGAGCGUUUACCCAUUUUGGUUAUUUAUUUAUUCUUCUCUCCCCACUCCCUCCUCUCGUUCGAAGUGUACAUAUUAAGGUCAUAAAGUGUUUUCCGAUUUGUUAUUCCUGCUUGUGUUGUGCCCUAGUUAGAACUUUAAAACGCUAUUACCCAACGGGAUAGACCCAAGUGGAGCUAAAGUCAUGUUUUAUUCUCUUUGUUUAGGCCUCUACAAAGGAAAUUGCUUCCGAAUUAAUCAUUUUCCAGAGGAUAACGAUUACGAUCACGACAGUUCUGAAUAUCUAUUACGUAAGUAGAACGCUUUCCAAUCCAAGAUGUGCUGAUCAAAAUAACCCAAAAUAAUUACUUCCGAGGCAGGAGAUGGUAAAUACUCGAAGCAUCAACUAAACAAUCAUGUAGCCUCAUCAUGUUGUACAACUAUGGCACUAUGACAAGCUCGAGGUCUGUCGUUCACCCCGGAAUAAUAGGAAACGUUGUCAGUCAUGGAGAAAUGUUGAUCAGCUGGCUUACAAUCUGUUGAUUAUUAAACUAUUAAACCUCUGGCAUGAGGUAAAUUAGAACUACCCAUGGGUAUACAAUGCCAGCCACCAGAUGUGACUUGGUAAAACGGAACAAGUAUCACACCUAAGCCGACCUUUAUCUACAUUGAUAAUUGCUUUAAACGUGGCAUGAACACAGAUUAGUUAUCAUAAUUACCCUGAAAAUGCUGAGGUUUAUGGGGAUGGGUCAAGUAAAGUGUGCCCGUUUAAAAAAAAAAAAAAAAAAGAAUAAAAAUAAUAAUAAUUUGUGGUGUUGUGGGCUGCAAAGAACUGACCGUGUGGAUUAAUGGCAAUUCUGCAUUUCAAUAAAUGUUGGAUUUAUUCAUUAAUAUUUAGCACCAACAUUUUCUGUGCAAUUGAAAUAAAAUCUACAGGGAAAUUAAGGCCAAGAAAAACAAGUUCAAGGAUCCUGCUUAUAAAAACCAAAAACUAUAUAAAACCUUCAUCAACCUUAAAGCAAACCUCCCAAUAUUGGGACCAGUGACGCACAUAAUGGGCGGACCCACCCAUAGAAGGAUCAUGUCCACCUGGCGUCUGUACCUCCAGGGCAUCCCACGCACAGCACGCCAUGCAGCGAGUGUCUCUGAAGCACUUUUGCACCAAUCCAGGUUACAGUUAGUUUUACAGUAUUUGUGGGUUUAUAUUAUUAAAGGGACACUCCAGGCUCCCACACACGUUAGGUGCACUGUGUAGGUUAGGUUACAGUUAUACUGUGUGGGUUUAUAUUAUUAAAGGGACACUCCAGGCUCCCACACACGUUAGAUGCACUGUGUAGGUUAGGUUACAGUUAGUUAUACUGGGUGGGUUUAUAUUAUUAAAGGGACACUCCAGGCUCCCACACACGUUAGAUGCACUGUGUAGGUUAGGUUACAGUUAGUUAUACUGGGUGGGUUUAUAUUAUUAAAGGGACACUCCAGGCUCCCACACACGUUAGGUGCACUGUGUAGGUUAGGUUACAGUUAGUUAUACUGGGUGGGUUUAUAUUAUUAAAGGGACACUCCAGGCUCCCACACACGUUAGAUGCACUGUGUAGGUUAGGUUACAGUUAGUUAUACUGGGUGGGUUUAUAUUAUUAAAGGGACACUCCAGGCUCCCACACACGUUAGGUGCACUGUGUAGGUUAGGUUACAGUUAGUUAUACUGGGUGGGUUUAUAUUAUUAAAGGGACACUCCAGGCUCCCACACACGUUAGGUGCACUGUGUAGGUUAGGUUACAGUUAGUUAUACUGGGUGGGUUUAUAUUCUUAAAGGGACAUUCCAGGUUCCUACACAUGUUAGAUGCACUGUGUAGGUUAGGUUAUAAUAAGUUAUACUGGGUGGGUUUAUAUUAUUAAAGGGACACCCCAGGCUCCCACACACGUUAGAUGCACUGUGUGUAGGUAAGGUUACAGUUAUACUGAUUGGGUUUAUAUUCUUAAAGGGACAUUCCAGGUUCCUACACACGUUAGAUGCACUGUGUAGGUUAGGUUAUAGUAAGUUAUACUGGGUGGGUUUAUAUUAUUAAAGGGACACUCCAGGUUCCCACACACGUUAGAUGCACUGUGUAGGUUAGGUUACAGUUAGUUAUACUGGGUGGGUUUAUAUUAUUAAAGGUACACUCCAGGCUCCCACACACGUUAGGUGCACUGUGUAGGUUAGGUUACAGUUAGUUAUACUGGGUAGGUUUAUAUUAUUAAAGGUACAAUCCAGGCUCCCACAUACGUUAGGUGCACUGUGUAGCUUAGGUUACAGUUAGUUAUACUGGGUGGGUUUAUAUUAUUAAAGGGACACUCCAGGCUCCCACACACGUUAGGUGCACUGUGUAGGUUAGGUUACAGUUAGUUAUACUGGGUGGGUUUAUAUUAUUAAAGGGACACUCCAGGCUCCCACACACGUUAGGUGCACUGUGUAGGUUAGGUUACAGUUAGUUAUACUGGGUGGGUUUAUAUUAUUAAAGGGACACUCCAGGCUCCCACACACGUUAGGUGCACUGUGUAGGUUAGGUUACAGUUAGUUAUACUGGGUGGAUUUAUAUUAUUAAAGGGACACUCCAGGCUCCCACACACAUUACUAGCACUGUGUAGGUUAUGUUACAGUUAGUUAUAUUGGGUGGGUUUAUAUUAUUAAAGGGACACUCCAGGCUCCCACACGUUAGGUGCACUGUGUAGCUUAGGUUACAGUUAGUUAUACUGGGUGGGUUUAUAUUACUAAAGGGACACUCCAGACUCCCACACACAUUACUAGCACUGUGUAGGUUACAGUAAUAUUGGGUGGGUUUAUAUUAUUAAAGGGACACUCCAGGCUCCCACACACGUUAGGUGCACUGUGUAGGUUAGGUUAUAGUUAGUUAUACUGGGUGGGUUUAUAUUAUUAAAGGGACACUCCAGACUCUCACACAUAUUACUAGCACUGUGUAGGUUAGGUUACAGUUAUACUGGGUGGGUUUAUAUUAUUAAAGGGAUAUUCCAGGCUCCCACACACGUUAGGUGCACUGUGUAGGUUAGGUUACAGUUAGUUAUACUGGGUGGGUUUAUAUUAUUAAAGGGACACGCCAGGCUCCCAUACACGUUAGGUGCACUGUGUAGGUUAGGUUAUAGUUAUACUGGGUGGGUUUAUAUUAUUAAAGGGAUACUCCAGGCUCCCACACAUGUUAGAUGCACUGUGUAGGUUAGGUUACAGUUAGUUAUACUGGGUGCGUUUAUAUUAGUCAGAAGCUCAAGGAAGCAAGGUGGAUAGUCUGUGUAGGAUCCACCUAAGAGGUUUGCCUUGACGUGGCAGGUGGGCAUCCCCUCUCAUGGCCAUUGGUGUAACUAAGUAACCUCCAUUAGUUCAAAUAUGCAUAGGGAUUUGGGAAGAGCUCAGAUAACAUAUUUUUCUUGGGUUUAUAUUAGUAAAUGGACACUUCAGGCUCCCCCACGUUAGAUGCAAUGUGUAGGUUAGGUUACAGUUAGUCACUGAGUAAGUUUAUAGUACUCAGGUUAGAAAGCGAGGUUAAUGUGAAUUUUAAGGAAAAGGCAUCAACUACAGGGCAAUACAUUCUUGUAGAGAUGGGUGGCAUUUCUCUAAAACAAGGAAUGUCAUUUAAAAUGGGUGUCUCAGUGGACCUGUCAUUAGUGUCCUAUCCUCACAUAGCAAGAGAUUACUAUAUGUGAAACGCAAAAGAAUGGCCUAGGCACAGAUCAUCACAAACCCACUGUGUGAUUUGUCACUCCACAGAACAUGUGUCCACAGCUCCAGAAUCCAGUGGCUGCAUGCUUAACACCACUUGAUCCAACACUCGGCAUUGCACUUGGUGAUGUGAGGCUAGCAUGCAGCUGCUCGGCCAUGGACACCCAUUCAAUCAAGCUCCCGCCACACAGUUUUUAUGCAGAUAUUAAUGCCAGUGGAAGCUUAGAAUGCUUCAACUAUGGAAUCAGCAGAGCGACUUUUACAACCCAUGCGCCUUAGCACUUUGUGACUUUCCGUGGUCUUCUGCUUGGUGGCGGAGUUGCUGCUGUUCCCAAACGCUUCCACUUUCCAAUAAUACCACUUAAAGUUGACCUUGGUAUAUCUAGCAGGGAUGAGAUUUCACAAACUGAAAUUAUUGCACAGGUGGCAUCCUAUCACAGGACCACGCUGGAAUUCCCAGAGCUAUUCAAACAACCCAUUUUCCCCCCACAAAUGUUUGUAGAGCAGGCUGCAUGGCUAGGUGCUUGAUUUAUACACCUGUGGCAAUAGGUUUUAAUGAAACUCCUGAAUUCAAUAAGAGGUGUAUUCCCAUACCUUUGUCCAUACAAUCAAAUUUGAACUCAUUUCAUUUCACUUUUGGUUAGAACACCUUUUAAACAGGCUCAGUGGGGUAGGGUUGGUUAAUCCACUGACCUCAUCUCAUACAGACUUUAUAUGGCUGCAAGACCUCACUUGUUGGCAAAUGGUAUUGUUACCAAGAAAGACGAUUGGGCAUUGUAGAAAAGCUAAUCCAAGGAUUGGACCAAACCUUUUAAAUUGGUUCAAAGUCAUUUCGAACCACAGACAUGUUUCUCCACGCUGCUCACACCCCUGCUGAUUCUUUGUGCUACAAAAAUCACUUUAACACAAAUUCCUGAUGACUUCAGAGAAACACAUUCAAGAAUAAUAUACUUUCUUGUAUUGUGUUUUAAACUUAAGAUAUAUAAAUAAAUAAAUAAAUAAAAAGAAAAAAAAAAACACAAAUGUAACAACUCGCUUUAACUCCCAAUAGUCAGCCACAAUACAUCAACACAAAGGUAUAGUUCAGUCAUACGGAUAGAAUUAUCAUCUAUACAGCAAAACAUAUUCCUGCAUAGUUUAUACACUGGGGUUGCAUAGAAGACAAUAGUAUAAAGAUGAAAUGAAGUAGACGGCAAAUGCUGCGAGAACCCUUCUCAAAACGCGCCAAGAGCAGGAUUCUGCAAACCCUGGCCCUCCAGAUGUUGAUGUACCAAAACUCUCAUGAUUCUUUGAAUGAAAGAUAGCCAGAGAACCAUGGCGGGGGAGGGGGGGAGUUCACCUGAAGAGACUGAGUUUGGAGAAACCUUAUCUAGAGUUCUGAACUCUAACAGUGUGUUGUGUGUACAGUGUAUCACAGAGCUCCAAAUAAUCCAACACACAGUAAUGUGCAGGGUAUGCAAGUAGACAUUGUAUUGUUCUGGAGCUCUGUGAUAAAAUUCACACACUUUACUCGUUAAGACUUGUGCAUGCAGUUUCAUUGGCAGGAUGUCCAAAAUCCAGAACUCCGAAACGCUACAUGGACAAAUCACCGCGCAAAACUCUAUUACACCUUAUUGUGAGUUUUAUUGCUAUGGAGCUCUGUGUACACACAUUGCACAUUGAUAUAGGUUUUACUGCUGUGGAGAGGAGAGAGGGCUUUGUCCAAAGAGGAAGCCUUAGAAGAUAUGCAUGUAUGUACAUAUAAAAAUAUACUAUGCACACACCAUUAUGCAGAACACAUUAUUCAUAACACAUUAUAGAUAUAUUAAAAAAUCAUGCAGAGAUUACACCUUUAUACAAAACAUGCACAUUACGGACACAUUAAAUACAGAACACUUUUUAGAACACGCUCUAGAUUUCUCGGAUUACGUACUUUGUCUUUUUUUUCACACUUUUUUAAAUUGUGCCCAGGGAGUGCAAAAGAAGAAUAAAAUGCAUUAGACAAACGCACAAUAUGAGAUGUACCCUGCACAAGAUCCUGAAAUAGCACAAAUCUAGCUCUUAAAAUCAAUAGGUGUCACAGGAAGGUUUGUUACAAUACCUUUCCACUUCAUCUGACCAAUUUCUGCAGAAAAGCUCUCUAUGCCUGCUCGUCUGGCUUUUAAGGAAAAUAAGAGAAUACUCUGAAGUAUCAUAGAGACAUUUCAAGUCAUCAAGCGUCCAAAAAAAUUGUAUUUAACACCUUGAAACAAAAUAAAGUCAUGAAACGGCAACAUCUUGUGCAAAACUAGUAUGAGUAUCGCCAAUCACAAUGGCUAUCACUGCCCAGAGCCCCCAUACAGGCUUUGCUGCCCACUGCGGUGACACAGUCAUCACUGCGCAUGGCUUCAGGAUUUCAUUGCUUCUCACAGCACAUCACCCGUAAAAAUCACAAAUUUAUGUAAUUCUGUUUUUUUAAACAAAUAAAACGAAUUAUUUUUUGUUAAACUGGCAGCGAUUAAUUUCUCCUCCAUCGAAAGAGAUAACGUGAUAACAGUACAGCCUGGUGCCCUUGUUGCCCUAAGUGCGUUUAGGGAUUGAAGUUAAUAAUCAUGGUAUUUGGGGACGGUAACUCUUGACAGGGUGUAAAUCCCAGGCGUUGCCUUAUCUGGGCGGGAGGCAGCUGGCAAUAAUCCGACUCAGCGCCCUUCUAGCAAGGCAGUGUCGAGGUGCUUUUCAAACAUGCAUUUCACAGAAUCCAACGUUGUGGAAUAAUUAACAUCAACCAAUGCACGCCACAGAGUUGAGAUGAGGAUAAAAACAGCCACUUAUAUCCGGAGACAGAAUUCAUACACAACCAAAACAUGUCUCUUGACUGUACGCAACACAUGCAGAGGUUUAUUUCAUCCAAUUAAUGCAAACGUGUGGCUCUGAGAUGUAAUGUUUAUUUAGGAGAUCCCAUUGUACAGCGCUACAGAAUGUGAUGGCGCUUUAUAAAUAAUAAAAUAAUAAUAAAAUAAUAUACGGAACUAAAGUGAGUAUUCAAGGUGAUAUUCAGAUUUAAGGCCAGGGUAGCUAAACUGAAAGCAAGGGGACUAACAGAAUUUUUAAAGUUCAGCUAUUUUGAUCUUAAAAGGACACUCCAGCACCCAGACCACUUCUGCCCAUUGGAGUGGUCUGGGUGCCAACUCCCACCACCUUUAACCCUGCAAGUGUAAUUAUUGCAGAUUUUAUAAACUGCAAUAAUUACCUUGCAGGGUUAACUCCUCCUCUAGUGGCUGUCUAUCAGAACACGAAAAGGGUUUUAAACAACGCUGGACGUCCUCAUGCUAUGCUUGAAGAUCUCCAGCGUCGCCGGAAUCCCCACAGGAAAGCACUGAAUAAUGCUUUCCUAUGGUGAGGUCUAAUGCACGCACUGCCAUUUCCACGCAUGCGCAUUAGGUCUCCCCCGCCGGAUGGAGUGUGGAGAGUAGGCGGAGCCUGACCCAGAGCCGAGGGACAUCGGCGCUGGAUUCAGGUAAGUAACAUGGAAUGGGGGGUGGGAGGAAGAGGGCCACUGCAGUGUCCUGCAGGGACAGGAAAACUGAUAUGUUUUCCUGGCACUGGAGAGUCCCUUUAAAUUUUAGAUUUUGUUAAAUUUUGAACCCUGAUAUUAAAGGACCACUCUAGGCACCCAGACCACUUCAGCUUAAUGAAGUGGUCUGGGUGCCAGGUCCAGCUAGGCUCAACCCAUUGUUUCAUAAUUAUAGCAGUUUCAGAGAAACUGCCUUCCCCCUAAUCCUCUAGUGGCUGUCUCAUUGACAGCCACUAGAGGCGCUUGCGUGCUUCUCACUGUGAAAAUCACAGUGAGAGCACGCCAGCGUCCAUAGGAAAGCAUUGUAAAUGCUUUCCUAUGAGACCGGCUGAAUGCGCGCGCAGCUCUUGCCGCGCGUGCGCAUUCAGCCGGCGGGGCGUAUCGGAGGCGGAGAGGAGGCAGAGAGCUCUCCGCCCAGCGCUGGAAAAAGGUAAGUUUUUCCCCUUUCCCCCUUCCAGAGCCGGGCGGGAGGGGGUCCCUGAGGGUGGGGGCACCCUCAGGGCACUAUAGUGCCAGGAAAACGAGGAUGUUUUCCUGGCACUAUAGUGGUCCUUUAAUGAAUAACCCUGACAUUCAUUCUUCGAAACAAAACUCUCUUUCCUACCCUGGUGUUUCCCACUUUUAUAGGAGCGUGGAAUGUGUAUGUACCACAUAGCUCCACAGCAAUAAAACUCACUGUAAUGUGUAUGAGAGUAUCACAGAGCUCCACAGCAAUAAAACUCACAGGAAUGUGCAAUGUGUAUAAGUGUAUAAGUGUAUAACAUAGCUGCACAGCAAUAAAACUCACUGUAAUGUACAAUGUGUAUAAGUGUAUUACAGAGCUCCACAGCAAUAAAACUCACUGUAAUGUGCAGUGUGUAUGAGUGUAUUACAGAGCUCCACUGCAAUAAAACUCACAGUACAGUGUAAUUUUGUCUAAUUUUAGGAAUUGUUCGUGCCUCCAGUGUGUUCCCAAUCCUGAGCACCAUCUUGCUGUUACUUGGAGGGCUGUGCAUUGGUGCAGGGCGGAUUUACAGCCGAAGGAAUAAUAUCAUACUCAGCGCCGGGAUACUGUUUGUGGCAGCUGGUGAGUGUCUGACAUAAUAACGAGAAGGGGGCACAAAUGAUGUCUUCACCACCUCCCUCCUGCAUAGUAGGAGCAUAAUAUGACAAAACUUAGCUCAUUCAGAUUCCUAUCAGGGCAGCAAGUUACCACAUGGGCAAACUGGGUAAAACAGUCAUUAGAUCUGGAAUUCCUGUACAUUUGCACCUACUCCAUAUAACUCUGUAGGACAGUGAUUUCCCAUGAUAUAGCUCCCACCAUCACAAAUGUGGGAGGUCGUCUGUACCCAUGUCUCUCAAACGUCCAGAUUCUAGUGGGACUGUGCCAAUGUCACAGCUCUGCCCUGAACAGAAACAAUUUGUACCAUUCAGUUAUUAGUUCCCCCAUCUAUGUCAUCAAAGCGCUUCCAAUUAUGCAACAAACUAAAAAAAAAAUACAUUCUUGACCCCAGAAUGGCAGUCAGAUCUCUUCUUGGAUCAAGAAGCUUUUGAGACAAGAAGGGGCUGUAUUUAGAGUGAGUUUGUAUAAGGCACUUCAGCCACCUACCUUCCAACACUUCCAAAGACACGUAUUUCAGGUGGUGUGAUUGGGGGUGUAACCAGGGAGUGGUAAGAGGUGGGAUUGAACAUGGACAUUUUAAGUCUUCUUUGGCCCUUUGAAAUUUUUUGAAGUAUUGAUACCAUUCUUCAGUGUCCUGUAAUCUCAACAAUCCUUCUCUACUCUAGUUUUCUUUAGAUACCCUUUGUGGCGAACUGCCUGGCACCCCAACUGGGUGCCUCCACCAAUCGCUGCUUUCUAGUAAUUGCGAGCACCAUAAGCACCGCACUGGAACACCAUAACCAUCGUAAACCCAGCAGCCAGCAUUACAUGGGAGUAUAGUGAUUAUAGCAAUCCAGAGAGUGAAUAUAGCUGUCCCCUCUGCACAUGAGACAUGUUGAGUGUGAAGAGAAACUGUUUAAUGGCAGCCACAACUAGCCUUAUAUGCAAGCCCCCAUGCAAGGGGUUUUCCAUAACAUACUCCAGGGGAACUCCCUACUGGACCUGAGAGGGGACUGUAACAAAGUACACAAUGUAAUUACAUUGGCUCUCAGGUCCAGGACACUCCCACACAAAACAAGAUAAUCCCUCCCCUGUGCCUGAGAGAUAAUUGAGUCAGGAACUGUACUACACUCAAUUAUCUCCAGGCACAGAAAUCAUAUUUUACAAUAAUCCGAAAGUACGCCCAAAACACAUGGAAAACCCACAAAAGUCACAUCCCAUGGUUCAGGGGUUCGGGAUUUCCAUGGAAGUCGUGAUUUUGACCGACGAUGCACAUGGUCCUAUGCCCCAAAACAGUUCCAGAGAAUUAGGGCUAAUGGUCAGUCUCUCUUUCUGGAGUACAAAAGUACAUAAAUCCCAUGAGCGGAGCCUUUUAAAGUGUUUUGAGCAAGAUAUAAUGCAGGGCCCAUAGUCCUGAGGCAGGAGGCUGGCAAGAAGGCUCCUCCAGGAGCCCGUGACAAGGUUCUGUUUGCCACACCCUUCCCUCUAAACCAUUGUCUCCAUAUACUACCCUUCCUCUAAGCCAUUACCUCCAUAUACUACCCUUCCUCUAAGCCAGUACCUCUUUAUGCUACCUUUCCUUCAAGGAAGUGCCUCCAUGUUCCCUUUCCUCUAAGCUAGUGAACCAAUGCUGCAUCCAUGCCAGUCCUAUUGCUGUUCCCUCUAUGACAGCCUCACGUAUGUUAGUGCUUCUGUCUGUAGUACUUUGAGUACAGGAAAAGGUAUUACUUACAAUAACCGAUUCUCACCGGGGUGACAGAUCCUCUGUCUAUUUGCUUGUCUCUGUUCCAGCCACCCUCUCAUUCCUUCCACGAAUGCCAGUAUUCUAAAUCUAUUCAAUCCUUCAUUCCUACCUGUGAUGUCAUCAGUCACCCUUGUGACCUCAUAAUUGCUUGAUACAAUCAGGUCAUUUACUAUGGGUACUAAGAAAACCUCCUCAAACGUCACCAUUUUUUCUUCAAAACAUAAAUCAGUCAAAAAUUUGGAAAAACAAUAGAUGAUAUAAUUAGAUGGUGAGUUGAGGAUUUCACAGACAGAGGAUUCAAAAUGACAGAUUAUCCAAUCUGUCUAUUUCUCUAUCUAAACAGAUAAGACAGAUAAUAUAUAUGGUUAUUAAUAUAUUGAUCAGCAGUAGUUUCUGAAUGAUCAGUAUGCCUGAAGAGGGGUCAGUCUAUGAGGGCCAAAGAAAUCCAUGUUUAUUUGUCAAGCAUUUCCAAAAUGGCUUUCCAAAAUAAAAUAGGGGACAGAGAAAACUUACAAUGAUGCCCUGUGAACAACCAAUGGGAGAUGAAAUGACUGUCUUGUUCUUUUCCUAUUGGCUGAACACAAUGUUCUAACUUGAUACAGAAGGUUAUCAUCGGACCUUCAGAGAUAAUUAUUUUGUUAUUCACUUUACAGGGCUCAGCAACAUUAUUGGGAUUAUUGUGUACAUAUCGAGCAACGCAGGUGAUCCCAGUGAUAAAAAGGAUGAAGACAAAAAAAAUCAAUACAACUAUGGCUGGUCCUUUUAUUUUGGGGCUUUGUCCUUCAUCGUGGCAGAGACUAUAGGAGUUUUGGCUGUAAAUAUUUACAUUGAAAGGAACAAAGAGCUGAGGUUUAAAUCCAGGAGAGAGUUCAUUAAAACCUCUUCAUCCUCCCCCUACGCCAGGAUGCCGAGCUAUAGAUACAGACGGAGGCGAUCAAGAUCCAGUUCCAGAUCUACAGAACCUUCUCCAUCCCGGGAUGUGUCUCCAGGUGGCAUGAAUGCAAUCCCCAUGAGUGAGAUUUCCAUGUACACACUUUCCAGGGAACCUUUAAAAAUCACAACGGCUGCCAGCUUCAACCCAGACCAUGAGGCCAGUUUCCUUCAAGUCCACAACUGCUUCCAGAAAGAGCUAAAGGAUGGCAUGAGCAUUAAUGUAAUAAAUCGGAGGACAACCCCGGUCUGAGCAGCUGGGGAACCUGCACUAUCACAGAGGACGGACAGUAACUAUCCCUGGUGGUUAUCCUAUAAGUGCCCCAAUCGUGCCACAAAAAUAACACCAACUCUCCACCCAAGGAUCCAGAAGAAGUCAACUUAAAAAUUGCAACAUGUAAAGGAGUACACCAAAGGAUUACAGAAGGAUUUGGCAAAGAUUUUGGCAAUCCGUCCCCUGAACACAUACUCCACAGCCAACUGUUUGGUAUUUGAUGCCUUGGGAUAGGUUCUAAAACUGUUUUACUCUCAAGAUGGGGCCGAUUCGCUAAAGACACCUUUGCCAUAAGUAAAAGGCAACUCAAAACUAAAUAAAAAAGCAAAACAAAAACAAAAGAAAGUGUUGCACCCAGAUAUGUUGCCAAAUAAGCCAUGUUGAAUAGUGACCAAAUACUCUGUAUAAUCAACCCUGCAAGGAUAGUGGUAUGUCUUAAGGUUUGUGACUGGGGCAACCCUACUCCUGGGGAGCUGGAGGUGAUUCCACAGACUGCAUAUUGGUAGUCUGCAUUUAUAUCCAUUAAUUAGUAUAAACCUUGGUUGUGUACUGUUAAUGUUUAAUUUAUUUAGCAGCUGCUAAUUUGGUUAAAUCCAAGAGUAUGCAGAGUACUUGUUAUUCCUUGGGGGAGUUAAAGCGCAAUAUUAGAUGUCUGUUAUUAGGACUCCCUUGUCCAUACACAUUUUUUUCUAAUAAGCCAGGUAUAAAAUUACAUACUGUGCAUACAAGGCAUGCAGACCAACAGCUGCCCAAAAUUCUUUUAACAAAUGUCUCACUCGUGCCAUUAAACCAUCGGUAGCACCAUUUAAAAGGGCACCUGCCAUAUGGAAGUCCACCAAGGUCAACAGAUGUAUUUUUUUUCUCCAAAAAUAGUUGAAAUGGAAAAACUCUCCAACUGAACUAUAAGCCUAGUUACUUGUGCCUAAAAUUAGCAUUCUUUUUAUGAUCCAGUUCAGUGCAAAACUCCACUAGAAUAACCAUCUCACACACAGAAAUAUACAUUUCUAGACUGUUUGGGUUUACACAAUUUAGGGUAAAUUUCCAGAUGGGGACUAUGUCCAAGUGGGGGUAUAUUUUAGUGCCUCCACUAAAACAGAUGUAAUAUAAUCUAAUUCCUAAUUUCCUGAUCAAGCCAUCAAAGCAGUAACUGAUGGGUUAGCUCCUAUCCUCACUGCAGAAAGGAGAGAUAUAAAGAGGUCUACUUGCUCCAUAUCAGAUGGUCUUUGUUCUACCCUUUAAGUGUGAUGUAGCCUAUCUUUCCUUUCGGUCCCUGCAAUGAUACCUCUAAACUAUCUUUUAUGGGGGCAAAUGGAACUCUGCAAAUAGAAAAAAUAUUAUAUGGGCAGUUUGAUCCUGGAGUCUCCUUUGUCAUGGGGUAUCAAUACAGGUCGAUUCAAAAUCAUGGCCUAUCUAGCUUUUUCUGACAGGAUGGGAUUUUUGUAAUCAUAUGGUUGUCAACGCACAAUUUAUUUAAGUUCAGAUCUGUUCGUGUUUGUGAAUUUAUUUGCGGUCUCUGUGGAUCCAGGAUCAGUCUCUAGUCUCCAGUUUAAGCCUUUUCCAUGAAUAGGUUGAUCAUUUUGGUUUUUUUUCACCCAGUUACUUUUAUUCUAACCAGUGUUGAUUACCUUGCAUAGAAACUGUGUGAUUGGCUGAUGGGUGAUGUCUUAAUGUCCGAAUUUGACCUUUUUAGGCAUUAAACAUAAACGAUGAUUAAUUUUAUACACCCGACUAUCUUGAACCAUUUUCAUCUGUGAUGGCCAAGAUAUAUCUGAUACUUGGCUAACACGAGGGCAUAGUCCAGCAGUUGUGUUUCUGAAGGCCUCUCGUGUAUCUUAUCAAUAUGCUUAGAGUUCUGCCAACACCCUUCAGGGUUCGUUACAUUGAGGGCAUGGAGUUUGAUGUUCCCUUUUGGAAGCUUAUCUUCCAUUCAAACAGCACAGCCAGGAUUUGGUUGAGAAUUACCAAGUAGUUAAUGUUACCAUAGCUUGGUCAAGAAUAAAGGAAAAAGUGUUGCAGACUUACUGUAAUUUUCUUUUACUGAUCAAUCUACAUCAAGAAGAAUCUUUACAGUGUGGUGGAGUUCGUUACGUAAAAUGAGGUUUGCUUUUAUAGUCUUUUAUCCUGCCAUUUCUGUUUUGAGGAAAGAGCUAACUGAUAAUUUGAUUCUACUAGGGUGAUUAAUGAAAAAAAGAAAAUGACAUUGAACAUGGAACAUUUCCCUUUACUCGGUGCUGCUAUAUGAAUCUUGAAUUUCCCUAUUGUACUAUAUUCUGCUACCUCUGCUGGAGGGCUUGUCCAUGCAUUUACUACCGUUUCUAGAAGCAUUUAUCCCCCUGUAACUUCAUAGUGUGCUGUGUAACAGGACUGAUUCUUUCACCCAGCAUUUCAAAUAAUCAGAGAGCUAAAUCAGAUAAAUAGCUAAAUGACAAUGAAAAAGAAUAAUGCCUACAAGAAAGGAGUAUUCAGUAAUGAUUUGGAAUAAUUAAGAUAAUUUAUGGCCAAUAAGACAGGAAUGAGCAUUGGGUGUCUCCAUCCGUCAGACGUUUUACAGUGUAAAACAUUAUGAUCUCAUUGCAUAUUUAUAAGGUAUCACUGCUUUUUUAGCAAACCACCAUUUCUCACAAGACACAGAUGUAUCAUUUUUCUUCUUUUAGG